CUGUAUCCGAAGCGGGUCUCACGUUCGGCCUGAAAAACGGACCGCGAACGGACACAAACUAUCCAAACGAGGAAGCGGUGCAUAGAGGGACGACAAGAUGCCGCACAACUUCCGGCCCGGCGAUCUUGUUUUUGCUAAAAUGAAGGGAUAUCCCCACUGGCCGGCCCGGAUUGAAGAUGUAGCAGAGGGGGCUGUGAAACCACCACCUAAUAAAAUUCCUAUUUUCUUCUUUGGGACUCAUGAAACAGCAUUCCUUGCACCCAAAGACCUUUUUGAGUAUGAAAAGUACCAAGACCGGUACGGGAAGCCCAACAAAAGGAAAGGGUUCAACGAAGGCUUGUGGGAAAUCCAAAACAAUCCUCAUGCCUCUUACAGUGCACCUGCGCCUGCAUCAUCGUCUGACAGCGAGGACAAUGAACCUGCUGCAGCAAGUGAUGCAGAAGAUGAUGAAGAAGCAGUGGUGCCUAGCAAAGCUGAAACAGCAAGUGAUGAUUCCGACUCUGGGAGUGAAGAUCAAAGAAAAGCAGCCGUGAAGCGGAAAGCUCCUGCUGCAAAGAGGCCGCCGGUGAAGAGAACACGAGCAUCGCCCAGCAAUCAAGAUGGAGAGGACAGUGGAUCUCCAUCAGAACCAGAACCAUCUCCAAGUUCUGACUCAGAUUCUGGCAAAAACAGUGACCAGGAUUUCACACCACAGAAAGAGGCAGGCAGUCGAGGCGGCAAGAAGCCAGCUGGCAGAGGUAGAGGGAAGAAGGCAUCAUCUGGCUCUGAUUCAGAUUCGGCCUCCCAGUCUGAUCAGAAGGCCGCCGCGAGUGGCUCAGAAGAUGAGAAGCCACGACCGGCCGUUUCUGGAUCUGAAUCGCAGUCUGGAUCCAAAUCUGACUCUGAUUCAGAACCUCCUCCCCCUCGCAGAAAAGGACCGCAAGGGCGCAAGAAAGCUGAGAAACCUCCACCAAAGCCACGAGCAAGGAAAGCCAAAACAGCUCCUCAGAGAGCGCCUUCUACAUCUUCAGAUAGCGAUAGUGACAGCGAGACAGACCGUGUCAGCGAUUGGAAGAAGAAAGAUGAAGAGCGACAGAGGGAACUUGAGGAGAAAAGGAAGAAGGAGGAAGCUGAGGAGCUCCGCCGGCUCCGGGAGCGAGAGAAAGAAGAGGAGGAGAAAAGAAAGAAGGAAAAGGAGACCAAAGUCAGGAAAGACAGCAGUAGUAGCAGCAGUAGCAGCAGCUCGGAUGAAGAUGUGGAAGAUCAUCCUCUUAAAAAAUCCAAGAAACCGCCACCUCCCCCCAUCCCUGCACCGUCAGACUCUGAUUCACCACCACCUUCUGAGAUGAAAAAAUCUUCCAAGCGUCAAGACAGCCAGAAAGGGCGACAAAAGAAAGGGAAGGAGGUGAAAGAGAAAAAGGAGAGGCAGAUAAAAGAAAAGAAGCCACAGAGAUCAGAGGAGAAGCACAAAGCGAGGCCUAAGCCUGAGAAGCCAAAAAGGAGAUCGGUGCGUCCACCUGAGAAGAAAGUCGAGAAGAAAAAAGAACCCUCUCCUGAAGAGAAACUACAGAAGCUCCACACAGACAUCAAGUUUGCACUGAAGGUUGACAACCCAGAUAUUGAGAAGUGUCUUCAGGCCUUGGAGGAGCUCGGCUCUGUACAAGUGACCUCUCACAUCUUACAGAAAAAUGUUGAUGUUAUUGCCACACUCAAAAAGAUUCGCCGGUACAAGGCAAGCAGUGCAGUUAUGGAAAAGGCCUCUCAUGUCUACAACAAGUUGAAACUCCAGUUUGUUGGCAAGACCGAGUCCAGUAAACCAAAACCAGAUGAAAAAAACCAAGAAUGCAUUGCAAAAGACACAGAAAACACAGCAGACUCCAAACCGGUGAACGGGGAGUCGGAGAAUGAGAUAAAAGACGUUUCUGAUUCUGAAAGUAAUUCAAAACCCACAGACCAAGAGAAACAGGAUGAGAACAAAUCCCCAAACACCAUCAGGCCUAAUCCAGAUAGCCCAGCAGAGCAGCAAUCACUCAAUGACUCUACAGAUCCCGAUCCAACGGCAGAGACAGAAGCAGUAAAAGAUGACAGCAAAGAACAGGAAGACCAGAUGUCUGAUGAGAGCUGAAUGGAGAACUGCUGAUAGUGAUACAUGGAUUUUGGACUGCAUCCCUCUUUUAAACUUACAAACACACUCUGGCUUCCUUCAUUCAUUUGUGUUACGUUUUGUCUGCCGAUUUUUGUGAGCUACAUGAGUUUUCGUGUUGUACAUAAAAUUUGAUAUGAACAUUGUUAGCACUUUUGAAUCAAAGACGUCAUGAGGCAGAUGAGCCUUAAUAGAAUGUUUGAUGUGGAAAUGAUUCCGCACUAACCACAUUAGUUCAACCGAGGGAGAAACUUUUAUUUUUAGAGCCGCACAGACAUGUAGGGGAAAACAUUGAAGCCCAAAUGUAUUUCAAGACUUGUGCUUGUACUGUGUAGCUGACUUUUAUGAGUGAAACUUUUUUUUUUUUUAUGAAAAUGUAAAAUGUAAAAAAGAAAUCUGCUUUUGCAUUGAUCAAGAACACCCACUAUAAAUUAAGCCAUUCAGCAAGAGAUCGUGAAAUGUUAUCAUCAUUAAGCCUCUGUCUGGUAUGGAUUUGAAUAACUUUUGUCUAUGGACUUUCACUAAAUCCUGUAGACGUUCUGUUGGUUGUCUGUUAACAAUUUGCAUCUGCAUAUUGAUUAGGGAAAAAAACCUAAAUGGGUUCACCUAAAAAUGCUAUUAUUUUCUUGUAUGUCGUAAAACAUGCUUAUCAUGCAUAUUAUAAACAUGUUUCUAGUGCUAUGUAACGUAGUCCAAGCUUUUUUUUAAGUAUCCUUGAAGGAUGAAUAAAAAUCUGCAUGAUGGCCACAAUUUUGAAUAUGUUUCUAAACAAGGGCCACAUGGAGCGCACCCCUGGAUAUAUUUGGAAUAAAAUACUAAUGUUCUGCCUGGUGCAUACUACAGUAUAUACGUAUGGUACAUCCAUGAUAGUAGUAUGCCAUUUCAAAGAUACUUAUGUUUCUGAAAUCACUCCUGAAAAUGUGUGAGGUUGAAUAACAACAGU